GCGCCGAGGGCGGGAUUUAAAGUAAGCCCUCCACGGUCUAUCCUGGUACUUGGUUGCUGAGAGGCACCUACGAGACCGACGACGAAGGCAAGAUGGCGGAUGUGCUGGAUCUUCAUGAGGCUGGGGGCGAGGAUUUCGCCAUGGACGAAGAUGGGGACGAGAGCAUCCAUAAACUGAAAGAAAAAGCGAAGAAACGGAAGGGCCGCGGCUUUGGCUCCGAAGAGGGGUCUCGAGCACGGAUGCGUGAGGAUUAUGACAGCGUGGAGCAGGAUGGAGAUGAACCCGGACCGCAACGCUCUGUUGAAGGCUGGAUUCUCUUUGUCACUGGAGUCCAUGAGGAAGCCACAGAAGAAGACAUCCAUGACAAAUUUGCAGAGUAUGGGGAAAUAAAAAACAUCCACCUCAACCUGGACAGGCGUACAGGAUACCUGAAGGGGUAUACUCUAGUUGAGUAUGAAACAUACAAGGAGGCCCAGGCUGCUAUGGAGGGACUCAAUGGCCAAGAUUUGAUGGGACAGCCUAUCAGCGUGGACUGGUGUUUUGUUCGAGGUCCACCCAAGGGCAAGAGGAGAGGUGGCCGAAGACGCAGCAGGAGUCCAGACCGGAGGCGCCGCUGACAGGUCCUCUGUUGUCCAGGUGUUCUCAUCAGAGAUUCCAGUUGACCAUGUAGCCUUGGAGAAAUAGGGCUGGGUGGAACUCAUUGUUUAUAAUUAAUCUCUUACCCUAUUGCUUAGUGGGGGUUUUUUUUUUUGAGUUAUGAAUAAAUGUCCUAUUGUUUUCUACAUUUAAAAUUCCUUUUUGCACUAACUUGCAUUGCAAGUUUUGAAGUACUGUUUACAGUAAGGUAGUAUGGGUCACUGAGAAUAUACUUCUUCCAUUAACCAAAUUCUGUGUGAGUUUCUACAUUAGACACAGUCUCAAAGGGUCAAAGUAGAAACACUGCAUGGUAUUUCUUUUUCUUGGAAGCUAAAGAACAAGGGUAGAAGUGAGAUGUUAUCGGGAUAUUAAAGAAUUAUUCUCUUUAUCCUACA